UCAUUUCCAUGGCAACCUGAAAGCUGGUGCGUAAACAGUAGCUGUUUGCUGUGUAAAACAAGAAUCCCACAGCUGUUACUUGUAGAUUUCUGUCAAUGGAGAACAUAAGUCUCGAUAAAUCAGAUUUAAAAGCGGUGGAUGACUACUGGGAGUACAGAAGAAUUGUGGGUGAUGAUGAUGGAGGAAAACUGUUCACUCCAGAGGAAUAUGAGGAGUACAAGAGGAAAGUGCUUCCUCAGCGAGUGAACAACAGGCUGUAUGUGAGCUUUGGCGUUCCAGGGGGUACUGACUGCAAACUAAUUGGCCCUGAGACACAGUGCUUCUGUGCACAUAGGUACAAGCAACAUAAGACAGAGUGGGAAGAGGUUCCUUCUGAGCGACCCCUGGCUUUACCAUGCCAAGUCAGAGGAUGUAACUGUCCUACCUACCAGUAUGUUCCUCGGCUUGGACCAAACCCUGUACGCUGCAGAUGUAAACACUUACCUCAGGACCACAGUGAAGCCUCUGGCCACUUGUGCAAGAUGUGUUCCUGUUCUGGAUUCCAGAGUCCCUACACUUGUGGAUGUGGCCAGCCCUGCUCUGCCCACCAGACCCUGGUUGAGACAAAACUGGAGAGGACGGCACGGGGUCAGCCAGUAGGCCAGGAUGUCCCUUAUGCUGCCAUGGGAGGGCUGACAGGGUUCACCUCCUUGUUGGAUGGUUACUUAGCUCUGGAAGUCAGCAGUUCAGAUCACAGAGACGAUGGCUUCCAACAGAGCUGCUCAGCCUUAAGGAUCAAACACACAUCCAUUAAAGCAUCUAGCUCUGUUGUCAGUAAGAAAAAGUGCAAAAAAAACACUGAAAUAAAGCACUUUCAGAAUGCUCAUUAUAUAUUGGACAGUUGAGAGUAAGCAUAUAUCAAAUAAGUCAUUCAUUUGUCCUUAUCUAUUACCUUUAAUCUUCUCCAGACUUUAAGACCAUUUGACUAGUCUCAUGGCUAUGAGUGCAUGUCUUUGUCGGUAUCGUGACACUGUCAGCAACAUCCAUCCAUUAUCUAUACACUCCUUAAUCCUCAUUAGGAUUAUAGGGGUUGCUGGAGCUGUGACAGACUGGCGACCUGUCCAGGGUGUCCCCUGCCUUUGCCCGAGUCAGCUGGGAUAGGCUCCAGCCCCCAUCGCGACCCUAGUGAGGAUAAAGCGGUGUAUAGAGAAUGGAUGGAUGGAUGGAUCGGUUGCUGGAGCCUAUCCCAGCUGACUUAGGGUGAAGGUAGCGGACAGCCUGGACAGGUCACCAGUCUAUCACAGGGCAACACAGAGAGACAAAGGAGCACACUCACACUCACACCUAAGGACAAUUUAGAAUCACCAGUUAGCCUCAGCAUGUUUUUGGACUCUGGGGCAAAGAUGGAAAAGAACCUGGUGAAAACCAACACAUGGAGAACAUGCAAACUUCACAUAGAAAGAUCCCAGGACCAGGCUGGGAUGCGAACCAGGGAGCUGUGAGAUGACAGUCCUAACCACUGAGGUACUAUGCAGCCCCUGUCAGCAACAGCAAUGUUUAAUUCCCUUCAUACCAAUAAAAAAUAUAGUAAGGAUGAUAUAGAAAACUGGUCCAGUCAGAGGGUUCAGUGAUGGGAACCACUGGCAGCAUUAAUAUGAGGGUCAGGACUUCCAAGUUUAACUGAGUUUUUUUUGACAAUUUUUGAAAGAUGAAACAACAGGUUUAUCAUCUUUGUAAACAGUGCAUGUUUAGGAGAUGUUGCCUGUGUUUUAGUGAUUUUUAUAACUUAUGAAUACUUAAAUAGACACGGAAGCAAUUCAGAAU